AUGAAUGGUAUGUUUACUUAAUACUUGCUGAGAAAAUGAAGAGUAAAUUCGAUUUUUAAGUGAGUUUGAAUCUCUCCAAAAAUGCACGUCAGAUUCGAAGCGAGAUUAAUGAAGUGAAACGGCCAUCGAAAAUUUCCAAACUUCUCGAGCUUACUGUAUCGAAACUAUUGUACAAAUGCAAAUCCGGUACAAUAACUAUAGAGGAUUUGCCAGAAUUGGAGGAUAAGAAACAGUCUCAGAAAGUUAUGAGUGGCUACAAAUGGAGUAUGCUCAGGCCGAGAUUUGAAUUUUUCAUUAAUAAUUGCAGAACGUAGAGUAAUGUUUUCUAUUCUUCUCAAGUUCUGGAAAUCAUUUGCGUGUGCAUUCACAUUCAGAGUCCUCGCAAUUUUCUCUGAUUAUGCUUCUAUGCUUCUUUUGAAGUACCUCAUAGAUUCGGCUGAAAUCAAAGCGUCUCUUUUCAACUUUUUCGUUAUAUCCGUUCUGAUUUUGUUUUUCAUGCAACUCAAGUCUAUACUCCUAGGUUUGAAGAAAUAUUACUUUCGAAAUGAAAAAUGUACGGUUGCUACAGGUGUUCACACUUAUUUAGUCGGAGAAGACAGUGCUUUAAUGAUCACCGUGCUGAAUAAUAUAAUAGUGAAAAAGGUUGGACUUAUUUCUCUGUCAUCACGCUCUAUUCCUAAUAUGGCCGAACUUUUUCGUUUUCCUUAAAACUCGGCCACAAGAUAAUUGCAGUUUGGAGUCCGUGACAAAAGGUCGGAAACCCAAAAAGGUAGGAAGACAAAUGGUCGAAAAAAAGUGACAAAAGGUUGGAAAAAAAAUGCCAAAAGAUCGGAAAAAAAUGACAAAAGGUCGGAAAAAAAUGACAAAAGGUCGGAAAAAAAUGGCAAAAGAUCGGAAAAAAAUGACAAAAGGUCGGGAAAAAGUGACAAAAUGUCGGAAAAAUGCCAAAAUGUCGGAAAAAUGCCAAAAGGUCGGAAAAAAAUUACAAAAAGUCAGAAAACAGGUAUUUUAGCAGUUUUUCCGACUUUUUGUCACUUUUUUCCGACCAUUUGUCAUUUUUUUCCGAUCUUUUGGCAUUUUUUUUCCAACCUUUUGGCAUUUUUUUCCGACCUUUUGUCACUUUUUUCCGACCUUUUGUCACUUUUUUCCGACCUUUUGGCUUUCCGACCUUUUGUCCUCCGACCUUUUUGGUUUUCCGACCGUUUGUCACGGACUCGCAGUUUGUACUGCAAACUCAGCGAUUUGAAGUGAGGAAACAGCGGCGAAAGAGGCGUUUUGAGGAAACCGCGGAUGACCGCUGUUUCGCCAAGCUCAAAUCGUGGCGAGACCACAGCCGCGGUGCUUUUGUCGAAAUGGCGGAGGAACGCCGUUUCAACGGAAAACCUCAGGCAAAUCGUUUCUAAACUAACUAGAUAAAUUUUGAAUCUAAUAUCAGUGUUUUUGCAAUCUAAUUAGCUUCGCCAAUCUAAUUAGAAAAUUUAUCAGUCCAGUUAGAAGAAUUUGCAAUCUAAUCGCAGCAAAUUAGCAAUCUAAUUAGGUCCGGUUAGAAACGCGAAUUAGCUAGCUAGAUUACAAAAUAUUUCCCUGAGACAACGCAGUGUUCUGGGUGCUGCCCCGAAUGGGAACUGCCCGAAUCAGAACUGCUACGAAUCAGAACUGCGCCCGUAUCAGAACGCGCCCGAAUAAGAACUGCCCGAAUCAGAACUGGUACAAAUCAGAACCGGUAUGAAUGCGAACUGCCCGAAUGAGAACUCUUCAAGCUAGAACUGCUACUAAUCAGAACUGAUCAAAUUAAUACCACCCUGACAAUAUUAAUUUCAAAAACACCGAAAAUGAAUAGGAAUGUUUCUAAUCCAGGAUCUCUGCUUUUUUCUGCUACUAUUUUUUUUGUAUUUCUCUUUCUUCCUCUUCUUCUGUCUAUCUUACAUUCUCUCUUUCUUUUUUCUCGCAAUUUUGUGCAUGGUUUCAACAAGUUCUACUUUUUACGAGUAGUUGCGCAAAAGUUUCUCGUUGUAAUGGGGUUAUUCAGGCUGUGAAAAAAAUGAUUUUGUUUUCCGAUUUUUUUCGUUUUUUUUACAUCAAAAAAAAAACGAAAAAAACGAAAAACAAACAUACGCUGAAUAAGCAAUUUUUGAGCAACGCGUAACCAAAAAGUUCAAUCACUUUCUAAGAUUUUAUCCCGUUCUCUUUUUUCUGCUUAUUCACAAUCUUUUUUCUGUUUCACACUUGUUUUCGUUACCAACGAACUGUUUCAUUUUAAUGUCUAUUAUAGGGGCACCGCACAGAAAUGGCGCUCUGUCGAGAAACUCUUUUUGCAGUGCAAAUUGAGCGAUCUCGGGGCCGAGUUUGAAAAUUUAGGCCACGUUUUCAGUGGAAAAUUACUUCGCGGCCUAGAAAUUCUGCCAGACUGCGAACAGCACGCCCUUUCUGUCCGGUGCCCCUAUAAUAGCUGUAUCUAAAAUACCUACACUACGCUUAAGUACAAAGGAAACACUUUUUUCUACGCUUUCAUGUUCUGAUUUAUUAUAGGGGCACCGCACAGAAAUGGCGCUCUGUUGAGAAACUCUUUUUGCAGUGCAAAUUGAGCGACCUCGGGGCCGAGUUUUAAAAGUUAGGCCACGUUUUCAGUGGAAAAUUACUUCGCGGCCUAGAAAUUCGGACAGAUUGCGAACAGCGCGCCCUUUCUGUCCGAUGCCCCUAUAAUAGGAAGUAUUUCCAUAAGGAGUUCUGAUUCGGGCAGUUCGCAUUCAUACCAGUUCAGAUUCGGGCAGUUCUAAUUUGGAGAAGUUCUGAUACGGGCGCAGUUCUGAUUCGUGGCAGUUCUGAUUCGGGCAGUUCCCAUUUGGGGCAGUACCGUGUUCUGGCGGAGUUCUGGCGAAACAGCGGCGGCACUGUGGCGAAACACGGUUGUAAGUGUGUUCGACACGCUUUCCGCCGCUGCUUCCUCACUUCAAAUCGCUGAGAAAACAAUUUCUCAACAGAGCGCGAUUGCAGCCGUCACGAUAGUUCAACCAGUUGCAUUUAAUUUUCUAAAUUUUAGGCUCUCCAUGUGACCACUGAAAAAAAAGAAUGGAAUAGAACAAAAGUCAAAAAACUUCUAACGACGCAUUCGGAAGCCGUAUCGAACGCUCUGAUUUAUGUUCAUCAUUCGUGUUCGGCAUUGAUUGAAGUACUUACUACUACGCAAAAACUUUCUCCAAAAUACUUUAUUUACAGCUGGUCAUUGUGAUUUUUUGGAUUUGGGAAACACUCGGGACUCAUACAAUUAUUGUAGUGCUCAUUAUUCCAUUUGUAUAUAUAACAUUCAACAUUAUUGACUCUUACAUUUAUAAAAAAAGCAUGGUAGGCGAUGAAGCCCCUAUGCGCAAGCGAUUUCUCAAUAGAGCCCGUUUGCAUCAUCUAGCGACUCGGAAUUUAUUUUCUGCUCUGAAAAUGGUUAUUUCUCAAGCCCCAACCUUCCAAUUCAGUUGACGCGUUCUGCGUGAGAAAAGUUUGUGCUGCGUCUUGUGUAUAAUAGCAUUCUCGAGGCUCUGAGCGAGCGAAAUUUCAAAAGUUAUCAAGAAAACGUUUUAAAAAAACUCUUUUUCAGCUCAAAACAAUCGCGGUCCGCUGAUUGGUGCAAACGAGCUCCAUUGAGAAACUGUUUGCACAUUGGAAGCGGGGGCUCCGUGGGCAAUAUAAUUGACUUUGAAUUCAUGAAUAAACAAAACUUUUGAAACCUGGGCCCGCUGCGCGGUUCGAGCUGACGCUCGGGUGCCACUUCGCCGCGCAGCGGGCCCCCGCUCAAAGUCUUGUUUAUUAAUAAGAAUGAUGUUAUAUUAAUAAUAAUUAUGUUCUUUGAGAAAGUUCAAUUAAAAUGCCGUGACCAGCGAGUGGAGUUUGAGAAGACAGUGCUCAAAUCCAUGGAGACUAUCAAACUUUUUUCUUGGGAAUCACAUUUUAUGAACAAAUUGAAUCAUUUACGAGCCAAAGAGGUAAGUGGCUACAAGGCGAAAAUUUUCGAACAUGCGCUCUGGCGAACUAGCUUGGCACAGAACUAACAGCGUGCUUCGGUAGAAAAAAUUUGCAUCUUUAGAGGAUCACGGCCCGCGGGCGCCCGGGCGCUCGGCUUUUCAUACAUAGGACUUUCGUUUUUUUCAAUAUAUCUCCAGAAAUCGAACAUAGGAACCUCUGAUUUUUUGAUAAGAGUUCAAUUUUACUGGGUUCUUCAAAAUGAGCCAGGUCAGAGGUAAAUGUAAGGUUUCUGAGAGAAGUUACAGCUUCACAAUUUCCACUCCUCCGUAUGCUUUGCCGGCCCGUGAGGAUAUACUGGGAAGUCAUGCACUCACAGUCACGUAAAAAUUCACAGCUCCGUAUCGCAAAGCUCUUAAAGCACUAAAAACAUCGCUACGCAGUUAAAUAGGAUGUUUUUUCGGCGGGAAGUUCAAAUAGGUUUCGCAUGUUCGCACUGACACACCGUGGGUUACGGUAUUAUGGCAGGUGCUCGAAAGCAAGAAGAAGAAUCUAAUAUCAGUGUUUUUGCAAUCUAAUUAGCUUCGCCAAUCUAAUUAGAAAAUUUAUCAAUCCAGUUAGAAGAAUUUGAAAUCUAAUCGCAGUAAAUUAGCAAUCUAAUUAGGUCCGGUUAGAAACGCGAAUUAGCUAGCUAGAUUACAAACGAUUUACCUGAGGCGGCCUAGUUAAAAAAAUUUAGAGAAGUUCGGCCAUUUUUUCAGUUAAAAAAAACCAAAAUUAUAUCGCCGCGAAAAAACUCCGCAAAAUUAGGAACAGAGCGCGAUUGCAUAGAAAUGACCCCACAAUAUUUACAGCUUUCUAUUUUUGGGAAAACGUCUUCAAUAAACACUUUCAUGCAUUCCCUGAACGUUACUUUUCCUUUUGUGGCAGGUUCAAUGAAAAAUGAAAUUCUUCACAGUCAACUUCAGAUAACAUUCGUUAGUUUCGCAGUUUACGGUCUACAAUACAACAUAAGUGAACUUCGAUUUGAAGACGCUUUCGUACUUAUUGCGGUGUUCAAUUACACGAGAAGACCUUUACACUUGAUUAUUCCAUCACUGGAAGUGUUCAACAAAGUGAGAAACGGGUAUUUGAGAAGCCAAGAAUUAAAAACUUUGAGAAUGCAAUUUUUGAGUUAGCAAUUUAAUUAGAACUCAUUCACAUCUAAUAUUGCAAUAUUGUCUGAUAAUGUCAAAUAAUGUCUAAGACUGUCAAAUAAUGUCAUGACAGUUAGAUUUACAAAUAAACUCAGGAAAAAAAGCACCAGCGUCGUUCUCUUUUUUGGUGAAGGCGUCGUCGGCGUUUGUGCCGAAAAGACGCCGAUGCCGACGUCUUUUUUUCCAGAGUGAUUAGAUGUAAAAAUUAAUCUGAUUGCAAUUAGAUUCGACUGAGUUCUAAUUAAAUUGCAGUCAAUUUACUAGAGAUCGUUGAAAGAUGCAUUUUGACAGAUUUAGUUUGCCAAAAUUCUGUUUUUACGUAAACGGAAUGUGAUUACUGAGUCAAUUACAUGCCGUUUAAAAAAUGUUCAUUUCCAAUUCAAUAAUACCACCAGGCGUUCCACUCGACAACACGGAUAAAUCAAUUCCUAAUUGCGAAGGAAUCUCCAAAGUCGGACACGAAAUCACUUCCACAAGCACCGACAGAUACUCAAGUUGACGUUAGAAUUGAUGCAGGCAAUUUCGCAUGGAACGGAAUCGAUGAUACAUUGAAAAAUGUGUCUUUGCUCAUAAAAAAAGGGGAGAAACACGCGUUUAUCGGAUUUCCAUUGUGCGGAAAAUCAUCCCUUUUGUUCUCCAUUGCGGGAGAAUUAAAACGUACUAAAGGGAAGUUCGUUGUCUCGAAACGGAUCUCGUUUGCUCCCGCCAACCCGUACAUCUUCUCACAAACUCUUAAAGAGAAUAUUCUUUUCGGAAACGAUUAUAUCAAAACGAAAUACGAUAAGGUGAAGCUCAAUUUUGAUAGAAAACAAGUUAAAUGAAACUAAAUUGAAGGUAGUGACGGCGUGCGACCUGAAAAAAGAUAUAUUUGCAUUGCCGAGAUGUGAUGCCACAAUGUUAGGCGAUAAGGUUUCUUUUCCUGCCUGAAAAUAUUGGGAGUUUUGACCCACUUACAGUAAUCCGACCAUGGCUAAACUUUUCAGGAUUCUUGGACUUGGAUUGUUUCAGAGUACCUGGGCCCGAGAUAUGUGGAUCAGAGGCCGAAAUUUUGCCUCAAUUUUUGCAAAAGCCUUUUUGGCCUCAAAUCACGUUAUCUUGGGACCAGAUAAUCCCAAAACACAUGAAUCCAAGUCCAAGAAACCUGCAACGUUUGGGCCCGAUCGAAUUAUUACAAGUGGGGCAAAAGUCUGUGAGAAAUGCAAAAUUUCUUCAGGGAUUUCCAUUGUCUCCAACUCAACAAGCUCAAAUAUCAUUAGCUAGAUGUCUUUAUGAUGUAUGUGCCGUGCCACGUUUACAAGUUACACCCUCGAUUAGUAUGUUUUUAGGAUGCUGAUAUCUACGCGUUGGACAAAGCAUUUGCACUGAUGGAUAGUUCUACGUUAAACAAAGUAUUUCAAAGAGUAAGUCUUUUCGCAGUGCAAACUGCAUUGACCUCGGCGCCGAGUUUGAAGAAAAAUUAAAAAGUUCGGUUAUAUUUCCACAACUAAACUCGGCCACCGAUUCGCAACAGAGCGAGAUUGCAGAAGAGAAAUGACAACAUAAUAUUUAUCAUCAAUUUAAAUUUCAGGUUAUGAGUGAAGACGGAUAUUUGUCUGGGAAAACAGCAAUUCUUGCCACAAAUAACGUUGAGCUGACAAAAUCGUUCUCAACCAUUCACAUUCUGAAUGAGGGAACCAUUGAGAUGAGUGGAAGUUACGAACAUUUACUUGGAUCGAGUAAAAUAAUGAAGAGACUUUUUGAGCAAAGCCAAAUAGAAAAGAUUUUGGAGGAAAAGUACUCUGAUGGUACAGUUUCUAGUCGUUUAUCAAACAAAAUAUACAAUUUAAGAAAAACCUAUAAGAAAAACAGUAGCAUUCAAUGUAGAAAAGCUAAGGAAGAGUAAGAAGAAGUCGAUGGAAUCGGAUCGCAGAUCUCCGAUCGUUGAAAACAGAAGCAUUUAUUAUUUCUACCUCCGCAGUGGAUCAUUCGUGUUUUCGGCGCUCUACGUGGUUCUUCUCAUCUGUCGUUUCGUCUUCCAAUCACUAGCCUUUUUUUGGCUAUCUUUUUGGCUUGACCCAUUAUGGAGAAAAGAGGAAUGUGAAAACUGUCCGCAAUUCGUCUUCAUACAAACAUUGUCAUUUUUCGGUGUUUCUGCAAGUGAGUGGUGAAUCGUUUGCAAUAUAACUAGAAACCGUUCGAAUCUAAUUUCACGCUUAUGGGGUUAUUCAGGCUGUGAAAAAAUGAUUUUUUUCCGUUUUUUUUACGUCAAAAAAUCCAAUUCAGCGAUGUAAAAAAACGAAAAAAACGGAAAACAAACAUACGCUGAAUAGCCCCAUUACUCGGUCAUGAAAUUAUUAGACAUUAUUCGACAUUAUUAGAUAUUACACGGAACCCCACUGGGGUUACCCCAGCCUUCCAAUCCUCGAGCGCACGGUCUCCCAGGGCGCAAAUGCUAAACACAGUGCGCUCGUAAAUUGCGGAGUGUCGUUGUAACUUUUGAAAAUUUGCAGGUCUGAAAAUGCAGUUCAAUUCGAGUUUACGACCUUCAUUUCUUUCUUUUUGACUUGUAAAACGUCUAGAAAACAAUAUUUUACUGAUUGGAAACCGUUCUUUACAGAAUUUAGAGCUUUUCAUGUUUUUAGCGUCUUUUUCGCAAUUCGUCAAAACUUCAAACCUUUAUAUUUUCAGCUCAUUUUGGAUUUCAUAAGCCCAACGAACAAUAAAAAUGUUCGCUGAAUCUUUCUUUACAAAAUUCAGGUUUCGGCGGUUGGUUUUCUUGAGCAGUUUUCAAAAACUAUUCGAAAAACAUCAAAAUCCAGGCCAAAACCUUCAAAUCGAAAUAACUCGGCUAUUUCUCAACGAUAUGCGAGAUUACUGUUACCAAAAUGUAGCUAGUGCUCUAACUAUUCGAAUCCAGGUUCUAGGCGUACAAAAAAUCAGUGUAUUGUGCAGAAAACAUGGAAAGAACGCGAACUCCCGUUGAAAAUUAAUUAUUCGGCCGCCGCGUAAAUCGACACAGCCCGCCUGUUGCAAGUGCGCCCCAUUGAAAUCAUUCGCGCCCUGGGAGACCGUGGAGCGAGUUGACGCAUUUCGCGUGCAAAACUUUUCAUUUUAAAAUUGUGAGUCUAAAACGGCGUAACAAAUUUCUGGAUUUCUGCUCUGAAAAAGCAUAAUGCCAGUGAACUUCGAUAAGAAAAUAGUUUUUCAUUCCUCCAGACUUCAUAAAUUAUAAUAAAAUAAAAAAAUAUUAAAAAAUACAUUUAUAGACAUUUAUAGACAUUAGGCAUCAUUCUGAUUUAAUAAAAAGCUUACGGGGUCUGUCUGUUUCUUUCUUUCUUUCUUUCUUUCUCUGUUUGUCCAGCCAUUUUUUCAUUUCUAAAACGGAAAUAUUUGUGACGAAAAAAUUCAGAAAUGAACACAUGAACAUUCAAACAGUUAUGACAAAGAAACAAGCGUAGAAUUUUUGGGGUAACCUCAAAUCAAAACGCUCCCAAUUCCAAACUAUGACUGUCCAUAACCAGUGUUAUCUAUAGUCUUAAUUGGUUCUGAUUCGGGGAAGUUCUAAAUUAGUGCAGCUCAUCCUGAUUCCAAAACAACUCUUUCUUUUCAGUAUUCUCCACAAUGCUGUCUUAUGCAUUUUUUGUUUUAACUAAUGUUCAAGCUUCAAAAACACUAUAUCAUCAUAUAUCCAACUCGGUUUUCACUGUUCCCAUCUCGUUUCUCACUCAAAAAAAUACAGAGGGUCUAGUACAGUUGUUCACAUCGGUAUGAUCAUCAUUGCGCUGUGUUAUUUUUUCGUUUAAAUUAAUUCAGUUUUUCAGGAUAUUGAUAUUGCUGAUAGCCAGUUCCCAAUGUUUUUCAAGUUUUCAUUCGAAAGCUCUUUACAUAUCGUCAUGAUUUUCGCAAUUGUCUGUGUUAAUGUCCCAUUUUUCGUCAUUUUCGUGCUCGCUUUCUUAAUAUUCAUUGUUGGACUCCUCAAAUUUUACUUUCCCGCAUUCCACAAAAUUUUCCAAUUGGAAGAGCAGAAAAGAGAACAGUUCUUAUGCGGAUCCACGGAAUAUUUCGAAGCUAGACUUUUGGUUAGAAUCUUCGGAAAGGUAUGUCGCUAAUUCUGGAAGGCGCCCAGUUAACUGAGGUUCAGUCUCGUCAAGCGCUUGCCAAGUCGAGUGGCCAAGCCGAUAUUCUGACCCAAUGCCGAGUGGCCAAGUCAUCGACGUUACGAUGGUUGUCCCUGAGAACAGAGUUUGUUGCCAAUCUUUUGGUCUUCUCUUCCUUCAUCAUUGCUGCAAUUUGUCUUAAAGUUAACUACAUUGGCGAUGCACAAUUCGCACUUUCUGUCGCAUCAAUUUUAUGUGUAGGUUCACUGUUAGUCGACUCCUUGCCUUUCAAAAAAUUCAGAUCACCGAAUUGGUAUCCACGUUCAUUAGAACUACUUGUAUACUCGAGUCGAUCGCGCCACAUAUACAAAACAUUAGUAACGUGAUGGAUUUCCCUAAAGAGCAAUUGAUUGAUCAGUGCACAAUCAGAGAUUCUUGGCCUGACAAUGGCAAAAUUGAUAUCAACAAGUAAGACAUUUAUUUCUGGGCCUACUGCGGUAAAUAGUUUACAAUAUAACUAGAAACCACUAAAAAUCUAAAUAUAUUAAACAUUAGUAUAUAUAUAUAUAUAUAUAGACUACAAGACUUUCUAAAACUGGGCCCGCUGCGCGGUCCGAGCUAACGCUCUGAAGUGGCUCCGCCGUUUGUUUCCGUUCGACCGUUCGAACUGUUCGAAUGUUCACGUGUUCAUUGCUUAAUUUCUCCGUCACACCUGUUUUCGUUUAAGAAAUUAAAAAGUGUGCGGAAUAACCAAGAAAAAAUCAUUCGUAUUAACACGGGCCGGCAAAGCAUACGGAGAAGUGGAAAUUGUGAAGCUGUAACUUCUCUCAGAAACCUUACAUUUACCUCUGACCUGGCUCAUUUUGAAGAACUCAGUAAAAUUGAACUCUUAUCAAAAAAUCAGAGGUCCCUAUGUUCGAUUUCUGGAGAUAUAUUGAAAAACCCGAAAGUCCUAUGCAUGAAAAGCCGGGCCGGGAUUAAUAUAACUCUUCACGGGUUUGUCCCUCUGUUUGUUUGUUUAUUUAUUUCUCCGUUUGUCCGUUCCCACGGUCAUUGCUAAAACGAAAAUAGUUGCAACGGAGACACUAACUAGGGAAUGGCCUUAUGGGCCGUGACUGACAUAGUUCGAUAGCUUAUACCAAGAGGAUCAAAUUUUCUGUUGAUCAUUUUUGCUGCCGGCACCUGAAUUUCGAGAAAAUAGCGCCCGAAAAUUUCCACUGAAAUCCUGUAUUUUACGCAAUUUUACCUCCUCGUAACAGUCGCGUGAACUCUCUUGAUAUGAAUGCAUGUUUCUCAAAAAUCACAAUUAGGGCCUGAUUUGAGGCCUCAAAGUUACCAUCGUCCAAAACUCCCUCAUCUUUAAAGACCUAUAUCUUCAGAACCCACCAUCAAUUAAAUAAAAGAUCAACUGGAAAGUUGUUGCAAAUUUUGUGUUGAACAACUCUGUAGUUGAUCAUUUUAUACCAAAACACUUCAUUCUCAUUUUAUAAUGUUUCUAAUUCACAAAGGAGACAAGUUUUUGAAAAAUGAAAUACAGUGCGUUUCAUAAGUAUAGGGCCACCCCUAAAAUUGAAUAUAUCGUCUUUCCCGAACAAAAUACCAAGCCAGGACCUUGAAAAUCGAAAUCAGCAUCACAAAUAACCCCUGGGAAAACAUUUUGAGAGCAGUGUAUAGGAUAGUUGGGGAAUGGUGCUGAAAUAUCUGAAAAUGUUGCAACUGCAAGCGUUACAUAAGUAUAGGGCCACCCCUGAAAACACUCUGGAAGCCUCGUAAACUGAUAAACAUGAUCUUGAAUGGGGUUUUUUGCACCUUUAGGAUGUCCAAAAAGUCUUUUUGAAAUCAUGUGCAAUGACCCCACCGCCACCUAGGGCCACUCUCCCAGGUUUAGCCUAAUGUUCUCUGUGAAGGUCGGGAGUGGAACCGGGGGACUCCGAUGAUUUCAAAUGAGUCACAUCUUGUUUGAAACUCGUUUUUUGAGCAUUUUCAAGUCAGAUUCGUUCAAGCCUCUCGAUUCGCUAGAACCUGAUAUCACAUUUUUUUACAAGGAUCAGACUGGCUUGAGCGCCAAACUCCAGGCUGACAUUGCACACUUAUGGAACUUCAUAAGGAAGGUUUGAAACAUGACAUGUUUGAGUUUGGUGUCGAACGGAUCAGUUUCAACCGAGUUAUGAGCUCCCGAUUGUUGAACUGAAGAAAACCAACAGAAAUGUACUGAAUAAUGUUGUUGUUUACUUGAAAAUGCUCAAAAAACGAGUUUCAAACAAGAUUUGACUCAUUUGAAAUCACCAGAGUCCCCCGGUUCCACUCCCGAGCUUGGAAAAGUUCGCAUUCGUAUUCGAGGAUGGGUCUGACGUAAACGCUGAAGAGUUUAAAAUAGAGACAAGCGUUCGUGGAGCGAAAGGCUUUCAGAAUUUGUUUGCAUUUCAAUAGGGCAGUGCUGCUAACUAUAGUAAUUUGUUUCUCGAAUUUGAGCUUGUUAUCUAUCCAACAUUUGCUGUGUUUCUUUUCUUUAUAGGUGACCUUAGCUUUGUUUCUUUUCUUUAUGGUUAUUAACGUUAGCUGUGUUUCUUUUCUUUAUGGUCAGAAACAAAGUUUUUGGUAGUGAAAACAUUAGUAGUGAAAACCUAAUUGCCUAAACACUGUUAGACAUUAUUAAUUCAAGAAAGUCUCACGCUUACUGCGUCAUUAUUAGAUGUGAAUAAGUUCUAAUUAAUUGCAAUCCAUUUACCGGAGAUGAUAGUCAAAAAUUACAGCUUAAAUGUGUUUGUCAACAAGGAGAAGCACGUCAUCAAGGAUUUAUCAUUGCACGUCGAUGAGAGAGAGAAAUUUGGAAUUAUCGGAAAGCCAGGAUCUGGCAAGACACAAUUGGCUCUGACGCUCGUUGCGAUGAGUUCUGCCGAUGAGGAAAGCCGAGUCCUGGUGGAUGACCAGGACAUUUUCGAGAUGAGCGUCAAAACAUUGAGGUCACGAAUCACUGUUGUGCCGCAGGUUUUUUAUUUCGAUGAGAUGUUGCAUAACUGUUUAAUACACAGGAGGCUAAAAUUUUCGAAGACACUUUACGAAAUAAUAUAGAUCCAUGUUGCCAAUUUGCUGAUAGUGACGUAUGGCUUGUCAUUGAAGCCUGUCAGUUGAAAGAAUUCGUCAAUACUCUGCCUGAUGGCAUCCAGCAGUACGUCUCAGCAGAAUCCAUGAAGUAAUGUUUGUUCUUUCAAAAUUUCACAAAAUCUAUUUUGUGACGCUCUUUUUUUAGCGAUAACCAAUCGAUUUUUGAAUUCAUUUGUGAAAAAAAUUGCCUGGGACUAGAAAAAACAGUGAAAUUUUCUUCCAUUGCGAUAGCGAUUUCUCAAUGAAGCGCUUUUAAAAAUCAGAUUUUUUUUUCAAUUUUGGCUUGAUAUAUAUAGAAAUUUCGUUAGCUCAUUGACUUUCAGCGAGGAGCAAAAAAGUCAGAUCAAUGCUUGUCGUGCUCUGUUGAAAGGAGGACAAAUAUUCGUGAUCGAUCAGUCAAUGAAACUAAUGAAAGAGCCGAAAAGGUCUCUCGUGGAAGAGGUUUAAAUUAUCACUUUCUGGCUUCAAACCAAUGAAAUUAUUAUUUUUCAGACAUUCCGACAAAGUCUAAAACAAAGCACGACCAUAUUAAUUGGGGAAGAACUUCAAGAUGUGCAACAUUGUGAUAAGUUCGUAGAUAUUAUCUAUCAUUUGGUGCGCGAUAGUUAAAGCUCUACUCAUGUAAAUCGUUUGUAAUCUAGCUAGCUAAUUCGCGUUUCUAACCGGACCUAAUUAGAUUGCUAAAUGACUGCGAUUAGAUUGCAAAUUCUUCUAACUGGACUGAUAAAAUAGAUUGGCGAAGCUAAUUAGAUUGCAAAAACACUGAUAUUAGAUUCAAAAUUUAUCUAAUUAGAUUAAAAUUUCGGGCAAACCUAGCUAGAUUAUGUUUAGAUUGCAAAAUCAGCUAGCUAGAUUCAAAAAUCUGUAGCAAUCUAACUAGGUCCGGUUAGAAACGAGAAUUAGCUAGUUAGAUUAGAAACUAUUUGCCUGAGUAGGAAUUUCAGAGUGAUCCGAGUUAACCUAUAUUAUAUUACAAGACCUUUGGAACCGGAAAAACGGAGAAAUAAACACACAAACAAACAAAGGGACAAACCCGUGAAGACUUUUAUUAAUAAGGAUGAUACCAGCACUUAAUUAUGAAAUUUGAUUUCUAAUUAGAGAGUUUUCGAAUCUAAUUCAAGAAAUUUUUACGCUUACUGCUAGUAUAAUGUUAAUAGUUGCAGUAGUCUUUAUUAUAGUGAAUUCAGGGCUAGCGUUUACGGAGUCGUGGCAGGGCACACUGACGCAAGUGCGCUUUAAUGAAAGCUUUAAUGAACCAAGGCUUUGGCCGGGCUAGUUGCAAGCGCGCUCCACUGCAAAAAAGCCUUGGCCGGCCCUGGCCGGCCAAGGCCGGCCAAUGGUACGGUAAGCAAUUCGGUUCACUGAGCGGUGUUUGCACACAAAGCAUUUUAAAUAAAGAAAAAAUCGAAGAAAUUAUUCUAAAAUGAGAAGAAGACAUGCUUGAAAGUAGAAAAAGAAGAAGUUUCGAGGGGGAGAAAGUAAGUGAGUUAAAUUUCGAUGAAAUGAAUGCUGACAAAUUUCGAAAAUUAGCAGAAGUGAAGAGAAAAAUAAAAGAGAACGACAGAAUUAAUGAGAACGAGAUGCAUGAGAACGAAACGAAAGAAAAAAAAAUGUAUGGGAACAACUUUAUGAAUCGAAUUCAUCGAAUUGAGCAUUUUUCUGUGAAAAUAUUUGAUCAUGAAGUGAAAAAAACUUAGAGAAAAACCCUUUCGAAAAACACGUUUUUUUCUUUUUAUUUAAAAAUGCUUUGUGUGCAAACACCGCUCAGUGAACCGAAUUGCUUACCGUACCAUUGGCCGGCCUUGGCCGGCCAGGGCCGGCCAAGGCUUUUUUGCAGUGGAGCGCGCUUGCAACUAGCCCGGCCAGGGCUUUUCAUUGGCCAGCCAUGGCCGGCCAUGGCCGGCCAUUUGCCCAGCCCUGUUCGCGGCCCAGAAAUUCGGCCAGAUUGCGAACAGCGCGCCCUUUCUGUCCGGUGCCCCUAUAAUAGGGGCGCUACGCAAUCGACCGUCGGCGGAAGUUCAAAUUUUUGUUUUCGAUGUACCCGUCACGACCCCGUGGCGUUUUCAAGGUAAUCACUUACCGGAAUAGACGGCCACGGUCGUCGCUGUUAAAUGAAUAGACAUGGAUAAAAUAGUCUUAACUAUUAAAAAGGCAUAAUUCAGAGUGGUGGUGAUCGAAAACGGCGUCGUAUUGAUAACGGAUACACCACAAAAUCUAAGGGCAAACUUUGGUUCACUACAGCAAUGUUUAUUGAACUUUUCAAGAUAA